UUGUGGCUUUUUCUUCCACCCCUCAUCACUUUGUUUUUUAUUUCUUCCCUUCAGAAAUGGGCCUGCAGACCACAAAGUGGCCCAGCCAUGGGGCUUUUUUCCUGAAAUCAUGGCUUCUCAUUUCCCUGGGACUGUCCUCACAGGUGUCCAGAGCCCUAGCGUGCCCUAGUGUGUGUCGCUGCGACAGGAACUUUGUCUACUGUAACGAGCGAAGCUUGACCUCAGUGCCUCUUGGGAUCCCGGAGGGCGUAACCGUGCUCUACCUCCACAACAACCAAAUUAAUAAUGCUGGAUUUCCUGCAGAACUGCACAACAUACAGUCGGUGCACACCGUCUACCUUUACGGCAACCAGCUGGACGAGUUCCCCAUGAACCUCCCCAAGAAUGUCCGCGUUCUCCAUCUGCAGGAAAACAAUAUUCAGACCAUUUCCAGGGCUGCCCUCGCCCAGCUCUUGAAGCUGGAGGAACUCCAUCUGGAUGACAAUUCCAUCUCCACUGUGGGAGUGGAAGAUGGGGCCUUCCGGGAGGCCAUCAGCCUCAAGCUGCUGUUUCUGUCCAAGAAUCAUCUCAGCAGCGUGCCUGUUGGCCUUCCAGUGGACUUGCAGGAGCUGAGGGUGGAUGAAAACCGAAUUGCUGUCAUAUCAGACAUGGCCUUCCAGAACCUCACGAGUUUGGAGCGUCUGAUUGUGGAUGGGAAUCUCCUGACCAACAAGGGCAUCGCCGAGGGCACCUUCAGUCACCUCACCAAACUCAAGGAGUUCUCCAUUGUACGGAAUUCACUCUCACUUCCCCCUCCUGAUCUCCCAGGUACACAUCUCAUCAGGCUCUAUUUGCAGGACAACCAGAUAAACCACAUCCCGCUGACAGCCUUCUCAAAUCUCCGCAAACUGGAACGGUUGGAUAUCUCCAAUAAUCAACUGCGGAUGUUGACUCAAGGGGUCUUUGAUAACCUCUCCAGCCUGAAGCAGCUCACUGCUCGGAAUAACCCUUGGUUUUGUGACUGCAGUAUUAAAUGGGUCACGGAGUGGCUCAAAUACAUCCCUUCAUCUCUCAACGUGAGAGGUUUUAUGUGUCAAGGCCCCGAGCAGGUCCGGGGGAUGGCUGUCAGGGAGUUGAAUGUGAAUCUUCUGUCCUGUCCCACCACUACGCCUGGCCUGCCUCUCUUCACCCCAGCCCCCAGUACAGCGUCUCCAACCACUGAGCUUCCCACACCUUCUGUUCCAACACCUAGCAGAAGCGAUCUGCCUUUAACUCCCACCACGUCCAAGCUUCCCACCGUCCCCGACGGGGAGGGCCGAGAGAGAGUGACCCCGCCGAUUUCUGAGCGGAUCCAGCUGUCCAUCCACUUCGUGAAUGACACCUCCAUCCAGGUCAGCUGGCUUUCUCUCUUCACCGUCAUGGCGUACAAACUCACCUGGGUGAAAAUGGGCCACAGUUUGGUCGGGGGCAUCGUUCAGGAGCGCAUCGUCAGUGGGGAGAAGCAGCAUCUGAGCCUGGUUAAUCUUGAGCCCAAGUCGACCUAUCGGAUCUGUUUAGUGCCCUUGGAUGCUUUUAAUUACCGAGCCGUCGAAGAUACCAUUUGCUCGGAGGCCACCACGCACGCCUCCUAUCUGAACAACAGCAGCAACACGGCGUCCAGCCACGAGCAGACGACUUCCCACAGCAUGGGCUCCCCCUUUCUGCUGGCGGGUCUGAUUGGUGGCGCCGUGAUCUUUGUGCUCGUGGUCUUGCUCAGUAUCUUCUGCUGGCACAUGCACAAAAAGGGGCGCUACACCUCCCAGAAGUGGAAAUACAACCGAGGCCGGCGGAAAGACGACUACUGCGAGGCAGGCACCAAGAAGGACAACUCCAUCCUGGAGAUGACAGAAACCAGCUUUCAGAUCGUCUCCUUAAAUAACGAUCAGCUCCUUAAAGGAGAUUUCAGACUGCAGCCCAUUUACACCCCAAACGGGGGCAUUAAUUACACAGACUGCCAUAUCCCCAACAACAUGCGAUACUGCAACAGCAGUGUGCCAGACCUGGAACACUGCCACACGUGACAGCCAGAGGUUCAGCUGGGUGAGGCGGACAGGACCCCUCUCGGGAACCCACACGUGUGUGCGCAGACAGACACGCAAAUUACAUUUGAUAAAUGUUACCCAGAUGCAUUUGUGCAUUUGAAUACUCUGUAAUUUAUACUGUGUACUAUAUAAUGGGAUUUAAAAAAGUGCUAUCUUUUCUAUUUCAAGUUAAUUACAGACAGUUUUGUAACUCUUUGCUUUUUA